CCCAUGCUACUGUGCCGCUUUUGAUUCAUCUUCUCCAUGGCGCCUUGGCAGUUGUUUUGCGAGUUCCACAAAACCUCCUUCUUGGUCACCACCAAGGGUGAUCCAAAUGUCAACCCAUCGCCGGGCAUCCUCGUAGCGCUCUUCGGACCUAAUCCAUUCUUCCUCACCCACGCGCUCAAGGUAUACGGUACGCAAGCCGCAGGCUUUUGCGCCCUUGAGGUCGCCUAAGUGGGCAGCAACCAUGGCAACCUCAUCCGGGCGCAGGCCCAAGCCCUCAACAGCUCCCAAGUACGUCCUUGGGUUUGGCUUGUAUGCACCAAAGUCCUCAGCCGAGAAGAGACGAUCGAACCCCAGGCCAUCGUGGUAGGUGUUGAGGUCCUGCAGCAGAGACUGGUUGCCGUUAGACAAGGCGGCCGUGACCAGACCCCGGCUCGCCAGCCGCGCGAGACCUUGACGGGUAUCGGGCCAGGGCUCCAGCCUAUGCCACGCCCGACUCAACUCCAGCACCUCAUCGUCCGUGAACAGGCCGGCUAGUCCUCGCUCCUCGAGCAGACGCUCGAGGCUCUCGCGGUGGUGCGUGUCAAUGUCCUUCCAGGGCGUGAUGCCGGGCUCGAAGCCCCGCGUGAAGCGACCGUAGCUUCGCCUCCAGGCCGCGGCGAAGGCGCACGGCCAGUCCGGUAGCAGGUCCGGCGUCGGAAAGCUCGAGGGCCACGCCGACGCCGCGAUGAUGUCAAUGCUGUCCCUUACGCCACCGGUCUGGAGGUUCCUAGCGCGAGCCUGGAGCUCCGCGGGCAGCGUGGCGAAGCCUGCCGAGUUCAUCUUGGCGUCGAGCGCGGACGUCAGCGCGGACUCGAUCGAGGCUCGCCAGUUCACCGUCGUGCCGAAGACGUCGAACGUCAAUGCCUUGAUCUUGUGCAGGGACGAAGGCGUCGAGGCUCUGGGGAGAGCGUGGCCUUCAGACAUUUUUUGGGAUGUUUUGCUUUUUCUUUUUCCUCUUUCUUUUCGCCCGAAAGCCAGGGCUAUGGAUCGAGGGGAUUGAAAACAAAUAAACGCCUGCUUAACUGGAACAUAUCCGCAGACAUAUGCCGAUCCGCAGCUUGUCUGAAAGUGGGGAUGGUGUACGAGUUGGGGAUGGUACGACGGUAAAUCAGACGUUGCCAAGUAAAACUUUACGCCGUAACUCAUCGCAGAGUAAAAGAAACGCUGAAGAACUGACGGGCAGGAUUUUAUUGACCGAAAUAGUCUAAAUUUAGGUCGUAUGGAUGGUUCUAUUUUUCUUCACCCGCCCUUACCAAAUUGUAGCGCCUCGGUGUUUACCGAGCCGAGGGCACUCACCUCCCUAAAAUACCGAGGUACCACUAUAGUCUACAACUAUAGGUACUGCUCAGGACUCGAAAAGAGGAGGUGACUUGACUGAGGAACGUAUCUAUGCUUGCCAUCAUCUGGUUUCAAUCAAAUCUAGUGUGACUGAAGUCCACUUGGCAAUGUGAGUUGAUUGAGUAUUCAGGAAGGCCAUGUCAUUGGAAAUAUAAGCCUCGAUCUCGUGAGAUAACGAGAAUAUUCGUAAACGGUCCAAGUCUCGACCGACACCAUCAUCGCUCUGAUACAGUUCUACCCUUCGUCAUCCAUACACAACACGUACGUACCUACCUGGAGCCACUAUUUAGUGUCCAAAGCAUCUAUCCGCCUAAACCCGCAAACAGAGUACUUGGAAAAACGAGCAACAGCCCAACAUGCUCUCACCCGCAUCGAAGACCAGCAUAAUGUCAGUCAUGCCUGCGUCCAAGGCAAUGAAGCCGAGCAAACGCAACAAUAUCGAAGAGUCGCCAGGGAAACAGGACGCCGACGCCGUUCAACCCACCGUGGAGUAUGACCUUGACGGCAACACGGUGACUUCGCUCCACCAAGAAAUCGACACUUGCGGAUCACCGACACGCUCCUCGCGAGAGUCAUCCGAGAAGGUGCAGCCGACCACUCCUGAAAGCAACCCUUGCGGCAGAGAAAUCAACAAUCUGAAUAGCGAAGAGCUACCAACCUUGUCUUCGGACACGCCAGAGGAAUCAGACGGCCAUGUCGAGGCUCUAGCCCUCAGCAGUGACCCCUCGCAGAUGCCACCUCGGGCUGCUGCCGCCGCUGAAGAUAGGGAACUCAUUUGGGCCCGGCCGGGCCUGGGUCUCUCGGAUCCGUUCGUGCAGACUGAUAACAUGACGGCGACCUUGGUCUAGGCGACAUCGCCCGACCGCCGGCGCGCCGCAAUCCCCAUCUCCGAUCGUGAUGAGGGCUAUGAGUAUGGUGCGACAGAGUCUGGUGAUUCUUCGGUGACUGACUGGAAGGGGAAAGAGGACAACCUGGACGAGAGCGUGUACACCUUGCUUCAUUCGUACGUCCUCAAGUCCCACAAUCCGGACCUCUGGCUAGCCAUGGCAAACAGCAUGGCCCGGCGUGGCAAGCUCCUCGAGGACUUGUCCAGCACCCCAGAGGGAUGCAGAUCGCUAUCCAUGCUUCAACAUGAGCUCAUGUAUGCCGUCAGAGACAUUGAUACUAUAUUCGCGGCGAGGGCGCUCAUCUCCAUGUCCGGGACUGGGACUGUCCAGGCAAGCCCCCCACCCCACCUCAAGCCAGCGGCACCUCGUCCGCGCAGACCGCUGCCCAGAUUCCCUGUCGAGUACGCGCCCCAGGCGGUGAUUAAAAACCCAACUCCCAUGAGGAUGGACAAGGUCAGGGAGAAAAAAUAACCGUCUGGAUCUUGCUGAAGGCAGCAUGUAUAUCACCAAAGUUUUGGGAUAUUCGAACAAAAGGACAGAUGUGGUUUUGCACAGGUUCCGUCGUAGUUUGACAAGAGUAAUUAGUUGUAGGAUCAUCAGAUGGCCAUUAUUAGCGGAGAGCGGAGGCAACUUGAGAGCCACGCAGCGUGUUUAUUAGAAAGCAAUAUCCUUGACAAGUCAUCAGACAAAGAUUGUGUUUGCACG